AUGAACGGUGAUAGCUACUCCCGAGACAGUCGACGGGGGCGUGACUACCCAGGCGGACGCGAAGACCGCGACGAUCGGCGAGAGCGCCACAGAGAUCGCGACCGUAGACGCUCGAGGUCCCCCGACCACCGAAGCAAUCGUCGGGCAGAGGGCGAUGUAGAUGCUUAUUCUUCGAGCCGAAACCACAGAGAUCGCGAGCGCGAAGAUCGUUAUUCCGGACGCGAUCGCCGCAGAGAUCGUGAAUGGGACAGGGACCGUGGCAGCUCGCGACGGGAUGCUCGCCGUGACGACGAGGAUCGAUACAACAGACGAGACCGAGACAACUUCGACGACCGUCGGCGAGGUGGCAGGGAGCGUCGCGAGGAAGCUCCCCCUAGAAAUGAAAGCCGUCGUACUGCUUCACCGCCGCCAAAGAAGAGAGAGCCGACUCCUGAUCUGACAGACAUUGUUUCUGUCCUGGACCGCAAGCGACGCCUCACACAAUGGGACAUCAAGCCACCAGGCUAUGAUUUUGUCACAGCUGAGCAAGCCAAGCUGUCAGGCAUGUUCCCUCUUCCUGGUGCUCCGCGACAACAACCCGUAGACCCCACAAAGCUCCAGGCAUUCAACCAGCCUGGUGGACAAGUUUCUAGCUCUGGCCUGCUCGCCAGCAGUUCUCGACAGUCGAAGCGUCUGAUCGUGUCUAACUUCCCCCCGAAGGUCACGGAGGAAGAGUUGAUUGCCUUUUUCAACCUGCAACUCAACGGGUUGAACGUGAUUGAAACUCCAGACCCUUGUGCUCAGUGCCAGUUCUCCGGCGACGGGUCUCUUGCCAUCCUAGAGUUCAAGAAUUCUCAGGAUGCAACUGUAGCACUUGCAUUUGAUGGCGUCUCGAUGCACGCGGAUGAUACCAAUGGCUCUGGAGGCUCAGCCAAUGGUCUUCAAAUUCGACGACCCAAGGACUUCUCGAUGCCAGCAAUCACGGAAGACUUGAGGGCCGACCUCGAUGUGGUGUCAAAUGUCGUACCUGACUCGAUCAACAAGCUUUCCAUCACAAAUCUACCUACUUUCCUCAACGAGGAGCAAGUCAUGGAGCUCCUCGUUGCAUUUGGAAAGCCUAAAGCCUUCGUCUUGGUCAAAGACAGAAGUACUGAGCAGUCUAGCGGAAUCGCUUUUGUCGAGUUCGCUGACCCUCUCACUGCCAACAAUCCUGCUCUCGAAACCCUGAAUGGUAUGGAGAUUGGAGGGAAGAAGCUCAGGGUUGUCAAAGCAUGCAUUGGGCCCACACAGAUGGCGAACUUUGAUGUUGGAAUUGCUGCCAUUAGCGGAUUGGCAUCGCAGACAAAUAAUGCAGCUGAGCAGAGCCGGGUACUGCAACUCCUGAACAUGGUCACACCCGAAGAGCUCCUAGAUAACGACGAGUACGAGGAAAUUUCCGAUGAUGUUCGGGAAGAAUGCUCGAAAUUUGGCAACAUUAUCGCGAUCAAAAUCCCACGGCCUUCUGGCGGAAGCAGGCAAUCGGCCGGAGUCGGAAAGAUCUUCAUUAAGUACGAUGAACCGGACACCACAGCAAAAGCACUCAAGGCCCUGGCUGGCCGGAAGUUCGCAGACAGGACUGUGGUGGCAACAUACUUUCCAGAGGAAAACUUCGAUGUUGGUGCUUGGUAA